AGUUGCUGAGGAGAAAUGGGCAUCCAGAAACGUCGUAAGAAGAACGCGAAUAACACAAGGGGAGGUAUAGUAAAGGCUAAGAGGCAUACCAGGGACAUUGAUCAGAUUCACGACGACUUGAAGGCCCCGGAGAAGUUCACCAGCAUGCCGGUCGAUGAGGACCUGCCAGGCCGAGGACAGCACUACUGCGUCUCGUGUGCCAAGUACUUCAUCAAUGAUAUUGCACUCGUGGCCCACUUCAAGACGGUCAAGCACCGCCGGAGGCUCAAACAGGCCCUUGAUGAGCCGCAUACUCAGGAAGCUGCUGAAGCUGCAGUGGGCUACGGCCGUGUCUGAUUUGUACAAUAUCUCAACGUUUCUUCUCUCUCU